GGGUUUGAAAAUUGAAAUCGAGCUCCCAUUUCUCUGCGUUUAGGGUUUUGGGGCGUCUGCUUUUUUUUCCUUCCUUUUCCCUCUCAAUUCUUCUAAAGUCCCUCUUUUUCCAGAUAACAAAUUCGAUUCCAUCCCUCUUUUUAUCUGAACUAAGGCGGAGAUUGUAUUGGAAAUCGAUGAUUGGCAACAUUAAAUGGACCCUUCCCUCGCUCAAUCCGCUUCUUCCGCCGAAGAUGAGUGGGACACUGAUGGAUUUGUAAUUCCAAGCUUGGAAAUUGAAGAUACAGAUCAAAACAAAACCGAUAUCCCAAAAGUAGAAGACACUAAGCUGAUCGAAGUUGAGGUAGUAGAAAAGGCUGUAAAGGAAGAGCAUAUAUACCUCGGACCACAUGGAGCUCCUCCAUCUCAAGUAAAACAGCAGGAACAGAAGUCUUCUAGCCGCAAACAGAAGUUCAAGCAGAAACUCAAGGAAGCCGAUAGAGUAUACAGUGGAAGCGGGCGAGAGAAUAAGGUGGACAGUUUAAGGGAGCUUGUAGGUGAGGGAGGGAAAAUGCAGGCGAACGUGUCGAAGAAUUCUACCAGGGAUUGGCUCGACCCCCACUGUCACGAGUCGCAGUUUGAGAGAAAGCAUGUACACUAAAAUUUCUGCUCUCUAGUUCUAUAUUUCGUUCUCCUCUUACUUUCAAGGUCAUUUUGUUUCUUCAAUAAGGUCUUGCAAGACAGACUUACUUGGAAAAUAUACGUCAUUAACAAUUUUACUCCUCAAAUUAUAUGGAUUCGUUUCAGUUUGUUUA